AUGCAUCACUCCGUCACAGGCCCUGUGCCACGAGCCAGUGGUCAGAUUCUCCAACUCCAAGUACGACCCGACAACUCUCGCUCAUACGCCUCCGCGCAUACGAUUUCCGUUGAUACUGGCCUUCUGACCGCAACUUCCGUCUUCUUCCGUAAUGCAGUGGGAGAAGCGCUGGCUUAUCAAAAUAACAUUAUCAAUCUGGUCCAUCCCGAUCUCGAUGCUGUGAAAGGGUACUUGAACUGGACGCAGGACCGCAUUAUCCAUCAGAAUCCUGCGCGAAAGUCGUCUCCGCCACGGAAAAUCGCAAAGGGAGAUGAUGGCCAGAGUGUGGCGAAAGAGAAGCAGGAGAAAGAGGACUACCGGAUGCUGGUCAAUCUCUGGAUCUUCGGGCAAAAGGUCCAGGAUUGUCUCUUCAGGGACAUUGUCAUCUCGAUGACGGAGAGUAUGUUAACGAUGCCGGAUUCUUCACCCCAAGUAUUCAUUACCAUCCUGGAUCCUGCGCUCAUCAAAUCGGCUUGGGAGGGCACUGAUACCCACUCAACGCUUCGCGCUUUCAUCAUCGACACCAUCGCACGGUAUGCUUCCAACGAGCAAGUCAAGCAAUUUCUCCUCGCCGGUACUGGAUAUCUUCCAACCUUCCAAACGGACUUAUGCACUCGUCUGGAUCACUCUCUACCAUCGCACCAACUCCCUUCCAACGUAAAGGCCUUGGCACCGAUGCCCAUUAGGAUUCCUCUACCAUAUCCGCCGUACAGCCGCGAGAUGAUUGGACGGACGCUGGCAGACGAGGAAGUUGUAACAGGUCUCGUACCGACAAUGGGAGAAAACAGAAAGGUGAGAGCGCCAGUGCAGACCAUUGACGAGCUGGUCAGUGGAGAGCUGAGCGAGUUGGGGAGGUGGUGUGUCGAGAGGUGUGGCGGGGCGUGCGGGUAUCAUGAGCAUCAAGACGGGGAGAGCUACUGGGCGACUUCAUAG